AUGAUCACAGGCAAGACUGAAGAUACCCUGGCGGCUUCAAUUGUCGAGAUGAUCGAGAAUAAUAGGAGGCCGGACAACGAGAAGAAUUUUGACGAAGAUGCAUACAACACCCAACAUCUACUUAGAAUGGGCAAGUUGAAGAUAGAGAAAAUAUUGCUGCGCAAAGCCGACCUGUGCAUUGUACCUCUGGCUGCUUUGGCCUAUCUUGUGUUUCAUAUCUUGAACAAUAUAGGAAACGCUCGUCUGAUGGGCUGGCAAAAGAGUAUCAAUAUGUCAGAUUCUCAAUUCUCCAAUACUCCGCCAUUGUUCUCCGCUUAUUAUUCAGCUGCAACACUGUGCGGCGCAUUCAGCGGUCUAAUGGCGUACGUGGUUGAGAUCAAUCUAGACGGUGUUGCAGGACGCAGAAACUGGCAAUGGCUCUUUAUCAUUGAAGGGGCUCCGGCUGUCGGCGUUGGAAUCAUCUUUUGGCUUCUUCUUCCACCUUUUCCAGACCAGAUCAAGUCUACCAAACACUGGCUCUUUAGCUCUGAAGAGAUUACCUUGGCAAAGGAAAGAGCACGAUCGUACAAUACCCUUCAUGCCAAAGUCGAGGUUUCACAGAUCCGGAGAUCAUUCCAAGACCCGAAGACGUAUUUCUUUGCCAUUCUCAAUGUCGGCAACACUCUCGCCAUAUCUUCGGUUGGAAUCUUUCUCCCAACCUUUAUACAAACUUUCGGCCUCUCUCCUAGUAAGCCAGCCACUCUAUAA